AUGGUUCAACCAGGUAUAGAGGGUGUGUGGCGCCAUCUGGCGUGUAGUUGCCGCAGCCGUUGACCGCGAGAGGACACGGAAGCGGAAAAGGACGCGGACGCGAACGCGGCACCGCGACCAAUAGAUUUGGCCAAGCCCAAGCGAACUGAAGACAACUACAGUUGCAGCCCGCCAAAGGCAACCGACCGGCCACAUGCAACAAUCGCAGCCACUGCGAAGCCGACUGCGACGUUGACGGCAGCAGAGGCAGAGCUGCUGGGAAAAAGGAAAACAGACAGCGGAAGCGAGCUAUUUGGUACGGAGCCGGGGACUCCGGCGACUUAUGGCCAUGUUUGUUGUACGGGUAAGUAG